GAACGCCGAGUUUUCCUGUUAACGUUGUUUAAACCGCAGAGAGUAUUUCUAGGUCUUCCAACGCUUCCUAAAUAGAUGAAAAAUGACAGGCUGUUGUGCCUUUGGGUGCACAAAUCGGUCAGAGAAGGGAUUCCACAUGUUUAGGUUUCCCAGUGAUCCUGAAAGAAGGAAACUGUGGGAAAAUAAAGUCCAGAGAGUGGGAUGGAAACCGACUUCAUCAUCGUUUUUGUGCCAGGAACAUUUUGACAUUCAUCAGUUUGAGAAUGAGCGACAAGAUGGGAAGAAGAAGCUGAAGACGAGUGCAGUGCCUACUAUUUUCUGCUACACUAAGCGUCUCAAGGUGCAGAAGCCUCCGAAGAAGCGGGCGUUAACUUGCACUAGACCAACUUGUAGAACUGGACACAAACCUCAUUUGCAAGACCACGGCUACUCUGAGAGAGAGAAGUCGUUGAUCAUGAAGAGCUCCAAGGACGCGGUGCAGUCAGCUGCCAGAGAGUUUCUGCAGUUUGUCAACAGAGGGGUGUCUCCAUACCACGUGGUUGAAGAAUGUAAGCGUCGUCUGCUGGAGGCCGGGUUUGUGGAGCUGAAGGAGACGGAGCCGUGGAGCGUGGCGCCGUCGAACAAGUACUUUGUCACCAGGAACUUCUCCAGCGUCAUCGCCUUCGCCGUGGGCGGACGCUACCAGCCGGGAAACGGCUUCUCCAUGAUCGGCGCGCACACAGACAGCCCCUGCCUCCGGGUGAAGCCGAGGUCAAAGAGGUUGAAGCAGGGCUGCCUGCAGGUCGGGGUGGAGUGUUACGGCGGCGGCAUCUGGAACACCUGGUUCGACCGAGACUUGACCAUCGCCGGCCGUGUGAUGGUCAAGACGGACGGCCGGCUGGUCCACCGUCUGGUCCACGUCUGCAGACCUCUGCUGAGGAUUCCUCACCUGGCCAUCCACCUGCAGCGCGACAUCAACGACUCCUUCGGCCCCAACAAGGAGAACCACCUCGUGCCGAUCAUCGCCACGGCCAUCCAGGAGGAGCUGGAGACCGGCUGCACGUCCUCUGGAGACGCAUCCUCUGCUGCCAGCACGGCUGAGAAGCACCACCCGGCUCUGGUGAAGGUUUUGUGUUCGGAGCUGGGCGUCGAGCCGGAAGCUCUGCUGGACUUCGAGCUUUGUCUGACCGACACUCAGCCGGCGGCUUUGGGAGGAGUGUACGAGGAGUUCAUCUACUCUCCUCGUCUGGACAAUCUGCACAGCUGCUACUGCGCCCUGAAGGGGCUGAUGGAGUCCUGCUCUGGAGACUCUCUGGCCAACGAUCCCAACAUCCGGAUGAUCACACUGUAUGACAACGAGGAGGUGGGAUCAGAAAGCGCUCAGGGAGCUCAGUCCAACCUGACGGAGCUCAUCCUCAGCCGCCUCGCCGCCUCCCCCUCCAACCUCACCGCCUUCCAGCAGGCGGCGCCGCGAUCCUUCAUGAUCAGCGCUGACAUGGCUCACGCCGUGCACCCGAACUACCAGGAGAAACAUGAGGAGAACCACCGACCAGCUUUCCACAAGGGCCCGGUGAUCAAGUUCAACAGCAACCAGCGCUACGCCACCACCGCCGUCACCGCCGCCGUCGUCAGGGAGAUCGCCAGUCGGGUCGACGUGCCCCUUCAGGACGUGAUGGUUCGUAACGACAGCCCCUGUGGAACCACCAUCGGUCCCAUCCUGGCCGCCCGGCUCGGCGUCCCGGUGGUGGACAUCGGAGCUCCUCAGCUGUCCAUGCACUCCAUCAGGGAGAUGUGCUGCACCUCCAGCAUCCUGCAGAGCACCGCACUCUUCAAGGGUUUCUUCGAGCUGUUUCCCAGCGUGAGGAGCUCGCUGAUCGUCGACUAGAAGAACCACCACCGCGGGACAGAAAGGCAUUCAAGGCGUCAUUUUUUAUGUUUGUGACGAAAAUGACGACUCUUAACAUGCUGUAAUUUUAAUAAAAUCCACAUACGAAGAUGUAAAACACAAAUUUCUUUCGUAUCAACAGAAAUCCUUUAGAAUAAAAUGUUUAAAAUCCG